UUGUAAUCUUAAUUUUGGUUAUUUUUUGUAUGGCCUUUGCUUACCGAUUUCUAAAUAAAUAGUGACAAGACGCACUUGAGACAAACAAAAACAAUUUACUUUAUUGAAUGCGUUGGAAAUUGAUCUUACCUAUAUUUUUCUGUGAGACUAACCUAAAACACUUUUAAUAUGUUUGUUAUUCAUUUGAAAAUACAGUAUUAAUUUUAAAAUUCGGUUUUAUUAGUUUAUUUUUUAACUGGACGCAUACCCAAAAUGAACGAAUCCGAAAUUCGCGAAAAAAUAAAUGAUUACGAAAAGUUUGUUCAGGAAAAACUGAAGAAAGACCUUAAGGACAUCGAAGCUCUACUUUUGAAUAAGUCUCAAGAGCACAAAGACUGGAAGGAAGCGCAAAUAGUGGCUCGGAAUUUACAAGAGUUCAAGGACAAAGACCGCGAUAUGAAUGUGAUGUUUGAUAUGGGACACAAUAUUAUGUGUAGUGGUGAAAUUUCAAAUUGCGAAACAAUUUAUGUAGACAUAGGCUUGAACAAUUUACUUGAAAUGAACUGUGAAGAACUUGAUAAAUAUGCAGAUAUUAGAUUAAAAUUACUUUCCAAAGAGAUAGAACAUUUUAGGAAGUUGGCUGUUAAUGUUAAGGUUCAUAUAAAAAUGGUUUUGUUAGCUAUAAAUGAGCUUCAGUCAACUUUAAAAGUGGCAAGUUAACAAACUGAUAAAAUAAAUAACCUCGGCUGUGGUAGCACUUUUCCAAUUCAGAUAAUGAAAACACAUUUAAUUUUAAUUUGCGUGUAACACAAGAGAUGAUCAAUAAAAAUAAACCCCUUAUGUGUAUAUAAGGCAGAUAGUUAAUAAUUAAAGUUCCAUAUAAAAAAACGUUCCAUGCAUGUUGUGCAAUAAGCUUGUUUAAAUUUAUAAUUCACCCCCUACACGAAAAGAAUUGUGUCAAUCGCUCAAGUUACGUCACCGCGACGUUGCCAGGUCAUCAGGAAUGCACGCGAUACGUACGGCCAGAAUUUAUCAACGAUUUUCACAAAAUACACGAC